AUGCCUCCGGCUGGCGGUCCCCGCGCGCCGCGCCCCGCCGCGCUGCCCCGCAGCCUGUCCCGCCUGCGCGAGUGCCCGGGCCGCUCCCGCAUCGUGCUGGCGCUCGGGGCCACGCAGAUGGCGCUCGGAUGCCUCAUCGUGGCCGUCAGCUUCGCCGCUCUGGCGCUCACCACGUCGGCCCGCGUCCGCCACUCCUGCCCCUUCUGGGCCGGCUUCUCGGUGCUGCUGUCAGGCCUCAUCGGCGUCGUCUCCUGGAAGCGGCCCCUGUCCCUCGUGAUAACCUUCUUCAUGCUGCUCUCGGCAGUGUGUGUGAUGCUGAACUUGGCUGGUUCAAUCCUUUCCUGUCAGAACGCUCAGCUCGUCAGCUCCCUGGAAGGCUGUCAGUUGAUCAAGUUCGACAGUGUGGAGGUAUGUGUCUGCUGCGAGACCCAGCACCAGGUGUCCGGCUGCAGCAACCUCGGGGAGACGCUGAAGCUGAACCCGCUGCGCGAGGACUGCAACGCCGUGCGACUGACCUUGAAGGAACUCCUCUUCAGUGUGUGUGCCCUCAACGUCCUGUCCACCAUUGUGUGUGCACUGGCCACAGCCAUGUGCUGCAUGCAGAUGGUCUCCGCUGAUGUCCUGCAGAUGUUCCUUCCACAAAGGGCACCUUCUGCCAGCCCGGCCUGCCUGACCCCCCAUGGUACCGUGCUCCACCAGACCUUGGAUUUCGAUGAGUUCGUGCCCCCGCUGCCCCCUCCGCCCUAUUACCCUCCAGAGUACACCUGCACACCCACUGCCGAGGCCCACAGGGGCCUCCACCUGGACUUUGCUUCCUCCCCAUUCGGCACUUUGUACGGCGUCGCCAUCAACAGCCCAGGCCUGCUGUACCCCGCUGAGCUCCCGCCACCCUAUGAGGCCGUGGUAGGCCCGAGCCCCACCAACCAGCUCCCGAGCGCGGACCCGCAGGUGACUGAACCCGGCCCCGGGGACCCCGACGUCACUGCGGGCUUCAGCUCACAAGCACUGACUGACAGCUCCAGCCUCCUGGUCUCUGAGGGCACCGCUGCUCCUGGCCUGAGCUGCCCGUCCCCCGACAACCCCAUGAGCACCCCGCUGCCUACCCCGCAUCCCCACCACACGUCCCCUGAGGGCCCCCACAAGGGCACGCGGGUACGGUCAGGUCCCAGGCGCAUGGCCCGCUCCAUCAGUGACCCCACUUCGUGCACGUCCAGGGCGACAGGUGACGCCUCUUCACACACCCCAUCCUGCAGCCAGGACCUCGAAGCAGGACUGUCUCGGGCAGCACUGGGGACUGCGACCCUGUCUCACUCGAUCACGGCCGCCUGCGCCUGUCGGCACCAGCUCUCACCCAGGAAAUCAGACGCCUGGAAAGUGGACCCGCGGUCAACGCCAGAGGCCUUACAGACAGUUUCCAAAGAGCGGCUGCGCUCCUUAGUGGACAGCAAAGCCUUUGAGGACGCCAGGGUCUUGGUGGCCAAGUUCUUGGAGCACUCGAGCAGCUCCCUGCCCGUGGAGGUGAGGCACGUGGUGGGCUCUGCCCGCUCGGCUGUGCCCCCCGAGGAGUGCCUCAUGGAAGAGGCCGUCCUCAGCACCCAUGUCUUGGGCCAGCUGUGA